UACAAUAACCUCACAGUGUCUGGUUGUCAAGAGUGUGACCAGUGCUACAAGCUCGUGAUGAAGGAGACGGACAAACUGCGAGGACUACUCACCAACAUGACUGACACGCUGUCCACCCUCAACGCAAACGAUGACACCAAGAGACUUGGCAACUUUGUGGACAGGGUCGACAACGCAUCGAGGUCCCUUGACAGACUUCUUAAUUUCUUGAAUGAUGCCAACGCAGAGGAGGCCAGAACUCAGAGCAUGAUCGACCAGUUUAACAACACACUGAUGACCUUGACCUCUGACCUCAACACUGGCAACAGUUCAGAUCUCCCGCUCAUACAGCAGCUCAUCGAAGAAACGACCUUGACCUUGACCGGGGCCAGCUCGAAGAGGGACCAGGCAGUAGCAAACAUCAAGAAUAUCUAUGCAGCGAAAGGUCCACUGACCCAGAUAUGGACGUCCUUGACCUCCCUCGUGGCGUCGCUGAAAGAGGUGCAGACGUACCUGAUGUCCCUGUCGUCGGAUGCGUCGUCACAAGUGACCACAAUUAUGGCCACUGUUGAUGAGAUAGAACAUAUAUCUACAUUGUCGCUCAACAGGUCCAUUGCUGACUACGCGACUGCAGGCAAUCUGAGUAUAUUGCAUCGGAACACCACUACCGACAUCACCAGGCUCGACAACAUCGACUCCGUCCUUGAGACUGUGUCCACCACAGCUCUCGCUGAAGCUGAAAGGAUUCAAGCAAAGAGCAACUCGACCCUGGCUACAGCUAUCCGCCUGCAGAACGAAAGCAUCCAGUUCAACAACCUGGAUCUGAAACUACAACAGCUGAACACAACUUUCCUAGCUUUUAGAAAUACUUUAGAGGCCACCAAGGCAUUGGCUGUGGCAGGUAAAGCUGAGGUGGACAGUAAGGCGGCGAAAGUAGCGAUAGCCAUCAGCAACUCCGAACAGCAGCGGAUGAACACCAACAAUAUCAUCAACCAAUGUAACGAAAUCAACGCCCGGGUUGCGGCGGCGGAGAGACAGGCGGAGGAUGCUAAGCUCAACUCAGAGAAGCUGUUCCAAGAGGCGGAAUUCAUGAGGGACACCAUGCGGAACUUCGAGAGCAGGGCACUCGCGGUCGAGCAGCAGGCUAUAAUGUCUCUCGCCAGUGCGGUGGCAGUAACGGCGGACAGUCAAAAGGUCAUCGACGAUGCUGCUGCACUGGUGACGACGAUGGCUACAUCACAGCAAACAUCGUCACUGGCUCUAGACACAGCACGACAGGCGAAAACCGUCGCCCAGACCCAGAAUGAUGCAAUCACGAGGGUAGCGGCGACUGCCAAUCAGCUUGGGAUCAUGUCCGACCUGACGGUAUACCAGAACAAGUCCAUCCUCCCUACCACCAUCAACACGACAAUUCUCGCACCAGCUAAAACAAAAUGUGACUCCACUACAGCCGACGUUGCUGGCGCCACCACUGUCAUCAACACCGCCGCCACGGGCGCCACAGCCCUCAACACGGAUGUCCUCCGAACGCAGGCGGAGGCAAGCAGAGUGCUGGGCAUCAUCAUGAACGUCCCCGGACUCAACAUCGACACCAUCAACUCUCUGAAGACGCAAGUUGAACAAUUAAAGGGUCAGUUUAACAGAGACUCGCUGACCGCAGCUAUUAAUGGUCUGAUAACUGCCCAUGCAGCACAGACGACCUGGUUGGAGAAUUUGAAAACGAAAAAAGCAAAUUUAGAGCAACAGGUCAAUGACAUGAAGUUACUGGAGAGACAAAUAUCGUAAUAUGAUGUUAUGUUGAUGCGCGGUCGGUUGGUGUUGUACGUGACAUCUGGCUUUGAUGGCCCUGACGAUGGUACAAGGUGUGUUGGGCCUUGUUUAUUAACAUAAUUUGCCAUCAGCAAAUAUGAUUAUUAUGUGAUUUGGGGAUAGAAGUGUUUGUUACACCAUUUUUUACACGUUUUGUAAAUAACAUAAUUUUUAUUUACAUGUUAAGUUGAUUCGUCGUGGGAAACAUCUCCGACACAUACUGACUUGUGUUCCUGUGAUAGAAGAAGUGUGCCACAACAUCACGAUAGGAAUAAUCGAUACUACUGGCGUGAAACCAGCAGACAUGUUUCCACAUGUAAAACUAAAUUGAAAAAUAUUCUGAAGUUAACUUUUCCUUAAAAUUCACAUUGCAUUACAACUUCCAGAUUCAUACAGGGCUAUCUUUCUCAGUUGGUAUUUACAAUCAUUGGCUCACACAUCUUUCCUUGCUGUUUACUUCAGCCAUAUUUGCGAAUGUCUGUACAUUUCCUUUUGUUAUGUUGAUACCGGGAUAUUUGAGUCGUUGAUGCUUGGCCCACUUCAGAAGCUUCAUAUAGGUCUUAAACGUCAUUCGAUGUUCAUUCUGUUGAUCACUGGAUUGUCUGGUACAGACUCGAUAGUUUACAGACCGCCGCCGUAUAGCUGGAAUAUUGCUGAGUGCGGCGUAAAACUAAACUCACUCACUGACUUAAAAGUCACAUGAAGACUGACUGAGUUCAGAAUCUAAAGGAAGCAGUACAUGAUGCUUAUAGGUUAUAUCUGCAUUUUCAGAAGGGCUUCGUUAGUGCUAAAACAUGCUAAAUCAUCUCUAACAAAUGGGAAAGGUCUAUGGAUAUAAAACUUCUGUAUUAUCAAUGUAGGCGUUGUUUCGGCGACGUUACCUACUGCACUAACUUCGCCUCAUGUAUAUAUAUAAGCCCUUCCUGCAGUAUUAUACACCACUUGCUUGGUAACGGUGUCAGAUUCUACAUUGAAAAGCUGCUAACAUUAAUACUAAAGAAGUUGUAUAACCGUACUUUCCCCGUUGUUCAUCACACAUACUUCUAAAUGGCACUGGAAGAAGCCAAACUAUCUUCAUCUUUGAAACACUUUUUUUACAGUGUACAGGGACAUGAGAUGAGA